AUGGCGGCCGCAUUCGCGCCCUGGCAUGUGCGUCAUAACUACCACCCCGAGUGUGAGGCCGCCAUCAACAACCAGGUCAACUUGGAGCUGCACGCCUCCUACGUGUACAUGUCCAUGGCCUUCUACUUUGACCGUGAAGACGUGGCCUUGAAGCACUUCAGCCUGUUCUUCCUUCGGCAGUCGAACAAGGAGAGGGAGCACGCGGAGAAGCUGUUGUGGCUGCAGAGCCAGCGUGGUGGCAACCCCCGCCUGAGCAGCAUCCCCAGGCCUGAGGAAGAGAACUGGGAGAAUGGCCUGAGGGUCAUGGAGUGUGCCUUGCACCUGGCGAAGAGAGUGAACCAGAGCCUGUUGAAUCUGCACCAGCUGGCCACCGAGAAGAAGGACGGCCACGUCUGCAACUUCCUGAAGCGUCACUACCUGCAUGAACAAGUGAUGUUCAUCAAAGAGUUGGGGGACCACAUCACCAACCUGCGCAAGCUGGGGGCCCCGGAAGAUAGCCUGGCAGAGUACCUCUUUGACAAGCUCACUCUGGGCGGCAGCAAGAACUGA